UGCGCGUCGUCUACAAAGAAAUCCAUCUUCACUCGCAAACAUCUCGCAAUUGACUCUUCCGUCGUCCAACCAUCAGUACAUAAACCCGUGCUAGGCGAUCGUCCUUGUUGAAUUUUGGAUCAACUCAUUUCCACGACCUCUUUUGACUGUCUUCCAUCAACACGGCCGACGUCAUCUGUCGCAACCAUGUCCUACGACGAGAAACGCUACUCUGACCUGAUAUACGACAUCUUACGCCAAAGCGAUCUCGACACCGUCUCGGCAAAGAAGAUUCGUAAUGCUCUGUCAGAAAGACUUGGUUACGAUGUCAGCGAACACAAGAAAGAAAUCAGUCGUCUGAUUGAAUCAUGUUUCGAUAGAGUCACGUCAGAGAACGCGAAUGGUACCAAUGGCGCUUCUCCUUCCCCUUCACCAUCCCCCCAAAAGCGCAAAGAACCCUCUGAUGAAUCAGACAUGUCCGAUGUAGUAGACGACAGGCCGGCAAAAAAGAAGGCACGCAAGCAGGAUGCCGAGGAAGACGAUGCAGCCUACGCAGCACGUUUGCAACGUGAGGAAAACACCAGAGCCAGACCGACCAGAGCAGGCGCAACCAGAAAAGCAGCACCCGUAAAGCGAAAGAAGAAGUCGGCAGCCAAGGUCAAAGACGGUAGUGACGUCGAUACCAAUGGCGAGCCCGUAAAACGUACAGGUGGCUUCCACAAACCCAUGAACCUCUCCGAACCCCUCGCAGCCCUCCUCAACGAAACCCAACUCUCUCGCCCUCAAACAGUGAAGAAGAUCUGGGAAUACGUAAAGUCAAACGAACUCCAAGACCCAGCCGACAAACGCCAGAUCGUUUGCGACGACGCAAUGCGUGCUGUCUUCAAAGUCGAUCGCGUCCACAUGUUCACCAUGAACAAGAUUCUAAAUCAGAACCUGUACGCUGCGGAGGAUGUCGUUGGUCCUACCCCUGCUCCUGCAGCCGAAACUGCUUCCGCACCUGCAACUGCCGCUCCGUCAUCUUCGCCAGAGCCCAAGUUGGAGUCGUCGCCGUAACAAAAGGGCAUUCAAAGGGAUGGUGAAACGACGGGAUAAUGAGAUGAUGAGACACACUUUUUCGCUUUCCAUUGCAUAAACACUUUUUUUCAAUCUUGCUAUAGCGGACUUGGGGCUUUUCACGGGUGGGAAAGGCGCAGCAAAGCAGUCUUUUUUGUUUCUUACCUUGUCAAAAGCGCGUAUAUUCAUUCACACGAUAUAAUACACUCAUGAAGAGACAAAGUUUUCAAGAGCAAACGACAAAAACAGGGACACAUCAAGAAGUGCAACGAUGAUGCACUGAAGCCGGUUCUUGUAUUGUGAGAUGUCAAAAACAUGGGAAGGCAAAGAAAGGAGCCGACGAAUACUAGAGUGUGUACUGUAUAUGCAU